AUGGAAGGUCGUGGAACGAAUGGACAGAAGAAAGUGGGCAAUUAUACGAUGAAAUUUCAGUUGGAUAACGAGUAUAACGUCGUUUUUUUGGUGAUUUAUCAAACAAUUGUGAAUUUGAAUUAUGCGGAGAAGUUGUUGAAUAUGGUUGUCGAUAGUUUCCGAAGGGAAUACGCUGAAAAUUUGAAGGAUGAGACGGCUCUUACAACGCCACCGUCCAACAUCUACGGUGAUUUCGACGACACAUUCCAACAAGUGCUCUCCCAAGCGGCAAAAUCCGCUCGUGCCACUGAAUCCAUCGUCAAAAAGCCGAAGACGUUCGCAGAAUCCGCCAAAUCUCAGAAGACUAUCGAUUCUCUUAUCGUCUCUCGUCCCGGACAGAAAAACGUCGAAAAAUCGGCGAAAAACGCUGAAAAAGUGGCGAAAAUCGCGGCGGAUUCUGGAUCGGAUUCAGAAUACACGUCGACGUCGCCCCCAGGGUCUCCAGAUGAGGAAGUGCUCAGAAGACGUCAGGAAUUAUUCCAGAAAAAGGGCGGAGCCACGAAGAAGAAGGGGGCGGAGUCGGAGCAACCGACAUCGCCGAAACCGAAGGGAAAACAGGCGAGAGUUUGGGCUCUCAGUGGAAAACCGUCCGAUUUGAAGGCGUUGGAUCGAUCGGAUCAGAAAGAGAACGACGAAUCCGCCGCCGCCGAAGAGGACAAUCGAUUCGUUGAGAGUAUGCGUGGACAAAUUGGAUCAUUGAAAGGAGAUUUGAAGUCGUUACAAGAAUCAGAUGACGAAGACGACGGGGAUUCAGAAGAGAAUCAUCAGACGGUGGUGAAACAGAGUGGCGGAUGGUUUAGUAUGAUAAAGGGAUUGGUUGGAGAGAAGAAGCUGACGAGCGACGAUUUGACACCGCUUAUCGAGAAAAUGAGGGAUAAUUUGAUUAUGAAAAACGUGGCCUCCGAACCAGCUGAAAAGAUUUGUCAAUCAGUAAUAUCAAAAUUAGAGGGAAAAGUGGUGAAUAACUUCUCCCGAACGGCGGCCGAAGUGAAAACAGCCGUCCGUGAGUCCCUUAUCCAGUUGCUCACUCCAAAACAUCGUGUCGAUAUCCUCCGUGACGUCAUCGAGGCGAAACGAGACGGUCGUCCGUACGUCAUCGUAUUCUGCGGGGUGAAUGGCGUCGGAAAAUCGACGAAUUUGGCGAAAAUCACAUUUUGGUUGACGGAAAAUAAGCAUCGAGUAUUGAUUGCGGCGGGUGAUACGUUCCGUGCGGGAGCCGUCGAACAGUUGAGAACUCACACGAGACAUUUGAAUGCAUUGCAUCCACAAAGUGUACAUUUGUACGAACAGGGAUACGGUAAAGAUGCGGCUGGUCUCGCGGCGGCUGCUAUCAAAAUUGCGGCUGAGAGAGAUUUCGAUGUGGUGCUGGUGGAUACUGCUGGACGUAUGCAGGAUAAUGAACCGUUGAUGAGAGAGUUGGCUAAGCUAAUCCGCGUGAACGAGCCCGACUUGGUGUUGUUCGUCGGUGAGGCGCUCGUCGGAAACGAGGCAGUCGAUCAAUUAGUGAAAUUCAACGAAGCGCUUGCAAAUCACGCGGCACCCGGAGCAAAACCCCGACUGAUCGACGGAAUUGUCCUGACGAAAUUCGAUACGAUCGACGAUAAAGUCGGAGCGGCGGUGUCGAUGACUUAUAUCACUGGACAACCCAUCGUUUUCGUCGGUUGUGGACAGACGUAUGCGGAUUUACGCAAUUUGAAUGUUGGAGCUGUUGUUCACUCGCUUUUAAACUAA